AUGGGCGGCGAGGCCAGGACGAGCCACUCGGACGAGUUCAAGAUGCUCGAGACAGAAAUGGCCUUGCGAAUCGACGGAGCCGAGCGUCUCCACCGCUCCACUACGGCCUACGUCAAAUGGGCCGGCCGCCGCACAGAGGUCUUGGACGACAAGGAAAAGGGCCUACCCGGAAGCUAUCUUGGCAGGACCAUGAUGAGCCACGGCGAGGACUUUGAGAGCGACUCCGAAUACGGCAACACUUUGAUUGCUGUCGGACGAACAAAUGAACGAAUCGCAAGUAUCCAAGAGCAGUAUACCUCUGACAUUACUGCCACAUGGCUUGAAUCCCUAAACCGAUCCCUCGCUAUGAUGAAAGAUUACCAGCUCGAGUCCCGCCGCUUGGCCUACGAUACGAGCACGACCAAGGCUCAACGCUCCAAGCGCGAAGAUUUCCGCCUGGAGGAAGAAGCUCGCUCUUCCCGAGCCAAGUUUGACGAGGCCAACGAAGACGUUCUCCGCCGUAUGCAGGACAUCAAGGAGGCCGAAUCCGAUAGCCUACGCGAGCUUUCCGCCUUCUUGGAUGCCCAACUAGAUUUCCACGAACGCUGUGCCGACGAGCUGCGCCGCGCCCGGGAAGAAAUCAUGACGGCCACUCCUAGUGCUGGCGGCUACUCACACUCGUCGGGCCCUCCUUCGCCCUCCCCUUCGCGCAUGGCCUCGUUCCGCGCCGCGCCUGCCAGAAGGCCGCCGCCCGAGGUCCCCACACGGUCGCAAACCUUUUCUAGGUCCAAUUCGGUGGCGAGCGGCGCGUCUGCGGCAGCACCUCCGCCGCGACUCGAGAGACGAGUAUCCUCGCACCAAAUGGUUCCUGUGGGCAACAUGCGCUCCCAGCUGCGCCCCAUUGGCCGCAUCAAUACGGAUGUGGCGACCUCACCGAGAAAUGGAGGAGGUAGCAACGUGUUCGCCGAUGGCUACGACGAUGAGACCCCCGACAGCGGAAGUCCCAGCCCUGGAUGGGGACCCGAUCGAUGCGCGAGCCCAGCUACUAGCCACAGCAGCUGGGGUAAGAGUACUACCGGUAGCGGGUCUGGGUACCGCAAGGCGCCACCGCCGCCUCCACCCUGCCGGUCCAAGAAGCCACCACCGCCUAUUCCGGCGAAGAGGGAGUUUUACUAA